UCGGGGGUGCUGGCUGACCCGCCGCCAGCUGCCUGAAUGGUCCCGCGGCUGCCAUGAACCAGGCCCCGGACCCCAAUGGCCCCGAGCAGCCUGAGAGCAGAGAUGCCCGCGCUUCGGCUCCUCUCCAAGCCGGAGCCGGAGCCGGAGCGGCGGCCCCUAGGGGGAUGCCGCCGGCGCCGAACCUGCCCCAACUCAUCCAGAAUGCUGCCAAGCUUCUGGACAAGAAUCUGUUCUCUGUCAGCACCCCGAAUCCUCUGCUUCCUUCUCCUGCAGGUCUUCAGCUUGCUCAGCUGCAAGCCCAGCUUACCCUGCACAGGCUAAAAUUGGCUCAGACAGCAGUCACCAACAACACAGCAGCUGCAACUGUCCUGAAUCAAGUUCUCUCCAAAGUGGCCAUGUCUCAGCCACUGUUCAACCAAUUAAGACAUCCAUCCAUGUUUAACGCUCCUCAGGGACAUGUUGGAGGGCCUGGAGUUACCAACUCUAGAUUCCCACCUGGUGGAAUACAUUUUCCAGCACAAAACCCCACUUUGGCAGUACCGAGUGGAACUUUGGGGCCUGUAAAUAACCUUCAAAAUCAAAACCCAAAUGCUGUUGUCAUAAAUCCUUUUGGAGGUGUAAUAUCUCAGACAGCUGGACAACAGGCUGUAGUUAUGGGACUAAAUAAGACUGGCAUCUCCUCUGCUACAGGUGGAUUUUAUGACUAUGGUAAACAAGUAUUUCCCUCUGAUGCGGAACAGUGCGGCCAGCAUGGCUUUGUAACCACUGCGUCUCAUUCACUCCCAACUUCUUCUGGAGUUGGAACCUAUGAUGGUCAUUUUGGUAAGCAUGACAACCAUCCAGGAUUUCAGAAAGACUUUUAUGGAGUGAGUUCUAAAGGCCAGCAUACAGCUGGUGUACAGACUUUGACUUUUGCUGGUGAUCCACAUAAUUCUCAUCAGAUUAUAAAUCAAAAAGGCGAGGCGGGUUCUGUAAUACAUGAAACAGAAACAAAGCAGUGGGAAAAUCCUUCUACUUUUCCUAGCCAAAAUAAGCCUGACACCAUGCCCAAUGCCAGCAUGUGGCCAUCAACAAAUGCCCCAUAUGAAAUAAGAAACGAUCUCUACAACCCUGAAGAACCAACGCCUGACAUAAAGUUCAGUGCUGGCGCUCCACUUCCUUUCGGCAGAACCAAAAGCAGUAAACAGAAUUUCAGCAACUCACGAAUGAGACAGAAGCAGGAAGCAGAUUUGUCAGUGAGACCUCUUCAGUCUCAUGAGCUAAAUGACUUUCAUAAUAUAGCACCUGUUUGCUUCCCUUACAUCUGCACCUUAUGCGAUAAGAAGGUCUUUGAUCUAAAGGACUGGGAUCAGCAUAUUAAAGGAAAUCUUCACAUUCAAAAAUGCAUUGCUUUCUCAGAGAAUUCCAACAUACGGUGUGUGCUAAGUUCAGCAGAAGGAAUGGUGCACUCUUCUCCAAAUAACACACCUGCAUUUAAUCUUUCUAGUUCCGAAGAUUACUCUAAUGUGGGGACAUCAUACAACUCUACAACUUCAUUUGGCCAGCCAGGUUCUACGUUUUCUUCUGUACCAUCCGGAGUAAAUCUGCCACAAAGGAAAAGUACACCAGGUCGAGUAGUACACAUCUGUAAUCUUCCUGAAGGAAGCUGUACAGAGAAUGAUGUCAUUAAUCUUGGACUUCCCUUUGGAAAAGUCACAAAUUAUAUCCUUAUGAAAUCUACCAAUCAAGCUUUUCUAGAAAUGGCCUACACUGAAGCAGCUCAGGCUAUGGUGCAGUACUACAAAGAAAAACCUGCAAUAAUAAAUGAUGACAAAUUGCUCAUUAGAAUGUCUAAAAGAUACAGAGAACUUCAGUUGAAGAAACCAGGUAAGAAUGUGGCAGCUAUAAUCCAAGACAUCCAUUCUCAGAGGGAGCGGGACAUGUUGCGGGAGACAGACAGAUAUGGACCUGAAAGGCCUCGGUCUCGCAGCCCUAUAAGCCGUUCUCUUUCCCCAAGAUCACACACUCCAAGCUUUACUUCCUGCAGCUCCCCACAUAGUCCGCUGAGCACAAACUGGACAGACUGGGGAAAUGGAAGAGAGCCAUGGGAUCAGUCUUCAUAUUCCCGAAGGGAGGAAGAAAGAGAAUCAAUGCCCUGGAGAGAGAAUGGGGAAGAGAAAAGAGAUAGGACUGACACAUGGGUGCAUGAGAGAAAACAUUAUGUGCGCCAUUUGGAUAAAAUAGACUCGGAAGAACGUUCUGAAGGAACCAGAAGCUACAGAGAAAAAUAUUUAAGAGGGGGGUCACCCAGUGCAAAGGGGGUUCAUGGUUUGCCUGGAUAUAAGAACAGAGAAGAAGACUAUUAUAGGAAACCAACAAAGCAAAAAUCUGAUAAGUAUUCAAAACAGACAGUGGAUACCGCUCCAAAGUGUAAAAGGAAGGAAGAAGCAAGAUUGAAAGAACACAAGUAUUCUCACUGUGAAGAUCCAACAAGUGAAGAAAAAUUAGAACAGAAACCCAACAAGGUCCCUGACAGUAUCAAGCAAAAGCAAAGUGAUAAGGAAAAAUUCAAGGAUUCUGAUAAAAAGUCAGAGGGAGAGGUACCUGAUGAGGCUGAAAGAGUUAAUGUGAAGACAGGGACAGGAACUGAAAAUGAGGUUAAAAAUAUAUAUUCUAAUAUGGAGAUCCCCUUUCCUGCAAAUAAGCAGAUGAAAGAAGCAGAAGAACCUAUGGAAAACUCAAGAAAAGAAAAGGAUUGGGAGAGCGGAAGUGAGAUGGAAGCUGAGACCUGGUAUCCAACUAAUAUGGAAGAGCUAGUAACUGUAGAUGAGGUGGGAGAAGAUGACCUUAUAAUGGAACCGGAUAUAACUGAACUUGAAGAAAUAGUAACAGUAGGUCAGAAAGAUCAAGAAUGUCCUUUAGUGAGUUCUUUAGCUGCUGGAUUACAGGUGAAGAAUGAGCACAGUUUAUUAAGUGGAAGCAAAGACAAAUCAAACGCAAUGGAAUCAAGCUUAGGGUCAGAAGAGGAAAACGCAGGGGAUCUCCCUGGCUCUGAAGGUGAUAAUGCAGCUGAUAAAGCACCACAUCUAAAUCUGGACACUGAGCAGAAGCCAGAUGAAUUGCAAGAAGACAGACCUCUAAGGGAUUCUGAUUACCAUGAUAAGCAAAGAAAAAUAAAAGAAAGCACUAACAUUCAUUUAAGGUUGGAAGAGCAGUGUGUAUCUUCUGAUCCUCCAAAAGAAGAGCUCUUCCAGCAGAAUGACACACUCGUAGAUGAUGAUAAAGAGAUGGAAUCAUUAGAAAGUGAGAGUAGAAAAGCUAUGGAAAUGCUGGUAAAAAACUCCCAGGAGGAAACAAGCUGUGGAAGUCAGGAACAUCAAAAGGCACCGGCAAAUUGUAGGUAUCAGGAAAUGAAAACUACUGACUUCCCAGAGGUGGAAUCCAAAAGAUCUUACUUUUCACCAUCAUGGGAACAAGAAGAUGUGUUUACGGAGCUCAGCAUUCCGCUAGGCAUGGAAUUUGUUGUGCCCAGAACUGGCUUUUACUGCAAACUCUGUGGACUUUUCUAUACAAAUGAGGAGACAGCAAAGACUCGUCAUUGCAGAAGUACUGUUCACUACAAAAAUCUUCAGAAGUACCUAUCCCAGCUUGCAGAAGAGAAUCUGAAGAUGAAUGAGAAAGAAAGCAGUUUGCCACAAGAUGAUAAUGGGAUUGUCCCUCACUUUGAGGAGAAAAAGCUAUGAGGUGAACACUAAUGGUUUUCUGCUGAUCCUGCUUGUGCACCUUUUGUUUGCACCGUUGAAAGGCAAGCAUAAUGAAAAGCUUGUUCUAUGCAUUUACACUGACAGCACCAUUUAAAAACAAUGCCUGAAAUACAGUGAAGCAAAGUGACGUAUCUGAUAGCAGUAAAACUCCACUUUCUCAGCCUGUAAUAAGCACAACAGCUCUCUUUAAACUAGAAUUCUCAGGGAUUCUCUCAGUGUUGGUUCAAGUAAAUUGUUUAGUGAAAAUAUUCUGGGAGUGAGGAAGAAAUAACCUGAAAAAUCCUUGGAUAAAAUACUUUUAUUUACAUCACCUAGUCCAGCAGUGAACUACAGGUCUUGUAAGUACAUCUAUAAGUUAUUGUUGUGUUACUGCUGAUAACAUUGGUUUAAUCAGAUGAUAACAAUAUCCAUGUCUUGUAUGAAAUACACACAGUUCAUAUAUUCAAAGGGCUUACAAUCCACAUUGGGGUGGGGGGCAGAAGCAGUGAAGCCCUUUCCCCCUUCAGUGCCUUGACACAUUUCAGAAGACUAAAUAUGUUCCAAGUUUUGCCUCUGGUAGGAUUGCUUAUCUCAUCUCUUCUUUCCUUAAGGUUUUAUUCAUCCUAAUUUUAGAAAUCAACCAGGCACUUAAUUUUGUUUCACUCAGAGCCAUCACCCAAUUUAAGAAACCUUAGUCAACUGACAGUAUAA